GUACGUGACCUGAUCCAAUCUCCUGCCCUGGAGGGCGGGAACGCAAAGUUCCUACCUGCACCUGCGGCAGCUGUGGCCGCCUCCUGGGUUGGUGUUCCCCCCCGCCCCCUUCCCGGGGGUUCUGGUUUCUCGAAUACUUGGCGAAUGACCAGCAGGUGGGCAGACAGAUGUCUUUCCCGUGCAAAGGACCGACGUGUAGGAAGGUUCAGUACACCAGAGUGAGCAGCCGAGGUCCCAUCUCCCGCGGCUGCCGGGGAGUCGCUAGCAGGGAAGAGGGAGGCGCGCGAGAAUGAAAGGCUACUAACCGGGAGAGCCUAUCUGGGUAUUCACCUGGGGCAGUGAGCCUGGCACCUGUUCCGCCGCGGGGCCCUCACGCCGGAGCCAAGCGCGCUGCGAGCCCAGAACUGCCGCCACCGCUGCGCCGAACACAAGUUGGAAGCGCCAGGGGAGACGAGCAGCAGCAAUCGGCUUAGCUGGACUGCAGACAUUUCGGCAGGCACACCUUCCAGAAAAAAAGCCCGACCUCCCCAGGUUGUCCCAAGCGCACCUCCUCCGUUCUCUUGGAGGUGUGGUCGGCUCAGAGUCUUGGGAUCUUCAGAAGCCCGAACAGGCCGCCGCCUAGGCUCCCACCCCGUAGCCUGCUUUCCUGCUGCGGACCGCCGGCCCCACCGGGAAAGAGGGCCCUUCCCCACCUGCCGCGCCCCGCGCCGCCCGGCCAUGGCCGACAGCGGCGGCACGGGCAGCUCUGGGUCCUGGUGGAAAUCGCUAACCAACAGCAGAAAGAAAAGCAAGGAAGCCGCGGCAGGGGCGCAGCCUCCCGCCCAGCCUGCCCCCGGGGAGCCCGCGCCGCCCGCGCCACCCAGCGCCGACUGGACUGGCAGCUCCCGGGAGAAUCAGCACCCCAAUCUCCUUGGGGGCGCCGGCGAGCCCCACAAGCCGGACAAGUUGUGCGGGGAGAAGUCAGGCAGCAGCCGCCGCAAUUUGAAGAUCUCGCGCUCCGGCCGCUUUAAGGAGAAGAGGAAAGUGCGCGCCACUCUGCUCCCCGAAGGAGUCAGGUCCCCUGAGGAGGCGGGCUUCCCUGGUGACCCCCACGACGACAAGCAAUAGCCACAGCGCUGCGGGACUGUCUUUCUCCCCAUCACUCCUCCCUACCCUAGCCCGAGAAUUGCGGCCCGCCCCAGUACCUGGUUCUAAUCCCACCAACUUCUGAGUAUUCACACAAGGCCUCCACGAUUUUAAUUUCCUGGAAAUUGAAGUGUCGGUUAAGUUUUCAAUAUUUCAUGGCUCGAGGAGGCACUGAAUAUGUAUUUGUGGUAAGCGAAGAUACCUGCCACAGAGGAAGUUGGCAUAAUCCUUUUUUUCCCCCAAGAGUGGCCCCUUGUGCCACCUGGGGAGUGAGAAGGGUACUUCUCUGAGUGGGUCACUCAACUGGAACUGCACAGCCCCUCAAACGAGGAAGCAGUGCUCCGAUUCAGGACUCGCUGUUGGAGAGCAAAUCACACUGCUGUUUUUAACGCCAGAGAAAUGCACUUUAGAAGUACUUGUGUAGACUGGUACCUAAGGGAAGGGCUGAGAGGGAGCAGGAAGCAUUCUUAGGUAGAAGCGUUAGAAGUAAGGCAAGGUUGCUUUUAAUGUUGAACUACAAAACUGUACUGCCUGUUUUAGUGUGGACCAUUAAACCUGCUGCACCCUAA